AUUUAAUUUACUUUCCCCACCCCACUACACCACUACUACACACCUUCACUUUCCUCAACAAGAUCGAAACCUAAACACCAUCCAUCUUCUUCCUCCACCUCCUCCAUGAUCCGCCGACACUAUCCUAACUGAGAAUGUUCACCACCGCCACCAUCUGGCGCUGCUUCUCCCCAUUCAAAAUCCUCUUCACCUCCCUCACCAUUCUAUCCACCAACAAACUCCUCUUCACAACCCUCUUUAUCUUCACCAUCCUCCCUCUCUCAACCCUCACAAUCUACCAAUCCAUCGUCACACAACCACUCACCUCUCAAAUCCUCCACCUCGAAGCCCUUUCCCACUUCGCUUCAACCCAAUUCGAAGCUCGCCAUGUUAAGCAUGAAUCUCGAAAAGACGCUGUUUUUCUCAUCCGCGUUAAAGCCCUUUUCGCUUUCCCUUCUUACAUCAUCUCCUUAAUCUCCACUCUCUCCGCCGUCCACUCUUCCCUCCUCGCCUCUCACGGCAUCACCCCGACGCUCCACUCCGCCGUCGCCUCCUUCAAACCCAACAUCACGCGACUAUUCGUAACCUCCAUCUUCGUCUACGCCAUCCUCUUCGUGUUUUCAUCUUUGCAUCUCUUUCUAAACGCACUCCUCGCACUCAUCGGGUCGAAUAGUUUCGUCUUCUUAAUCGGGUCGGGUCUCGAGGUUUACUUGAUGGCGGUGUUGAGCGUCGGACUGGUGGUUUCUGUCGCGGAAGAGAGAUUCGGAUGGGAUGCUAUUAGAGUCGGAUCCGGUUUGAUGGAGGGGAACCGGGUUUGCGGAUGGGUUCUUUCGGGUUUAUUUGUGUGGGUUUCGGGUUUGAUCGGGUCGAGGAUAGACGGUGAGGAUUCGUUUGAAGAUAAAGCGGUUGUGAUAGUUUGUUAUGGAUUGGUGGUGCUGUGGAGUUACGUGAUAAUGACGGUUUUUUAUUGUGAGUGUAGAAAACGACAUCCAAUUAAGGAAUUUCAUCAAAUAGAGGAAGAAGAUCAAGAUCAAGAAAAUCAACUUUCUGUAUUAUAGCAAUGUAUUUCUUUUUUUGUGUUGUUGUGUUGCUCUUUCUUCUUUUGUAAGAAAUUGUAGAUUUGAUUUCUAGUUAUUAAAAGUAAGUAGUUUCCUAGUUAGCCGCUUCUUUUUUUGUUAAACCAAUUAUUGUAGCAAUGUGAAAAUGUGGGAGAACACGGUAACUUAACAACCAUGAUCUUUUGAUGUAUUUUUUUAAUAAUGGGAGAUUUUUUCAU